GGGCACGCGCGCGUGAGUCGUACUUUUGGUCACGUGACGCGGCGGCGUCACCGCCCCGCCCCCGCUAUCGAGGAAGCUGACGCCACAGCGAUGAAGUUGUGAGGGGGAACUCGUCAGCGAUGCUUAAAGCCAGCUGCGUUUUCUUGUUACAAACUUUAACGACGACAAAAAAACAUAAACAGAGCCUGCUGAAAGCGCACGUCGUUAGUUUCGUGAGUUUUAAUCCAACAACAAUAAUAAUAAAAUACACAAUUGUCGCCUCGCGUGAGGGAACGCGGCACGAGCUUCUUCCUUACAUUGGUGUCGCCAUUGACAACGCCGACAGGAAAUCUUAAGUGUUUUUUUUUAAAUUAAAUAUCCUCGAAUUUAAUUCGACUUAAUCGUACCCACGGUAAUGUCUCACGUUUGCGCUUUGUUGUUGUUUGUUGUUAGUAUUAUUAUUAUUGUUAUGUCGGUCGAUCAAUGUCGCUUGUUUUCUAUUCGACGCCAGGCGAAUUUUACCUGUUCGUGACUCCACUUUGGUAAACCAGAACGGAUCUUUUUAAUGGUCGCGAUAAAGUAAAGUUCUGUUUUUUUUUAUUUCGUUGCGUAUUGUUGUAGUUUGCUUCGUGAACGUUAACGUGCCGAGUUUUUUUUUUUACAAUAUUUAAAGUUGCCUUUCAAAUACAACGUCACUGUAUUCGCCGGUCGCUUAAAGCCUUAAACCACCUCAAGGCGCAGCCACUGCAAGUUCCUUGCCCCAAGCCCUGCUGGUAGAAGGUCCUCCACUAGAGGGUACUUGGUCUACUCUUCCACUCUGAACAGGACGUGAUGGAAGAGAGUAGGAGUUACCCACUAGAGACAGCUCCAGGUGGUGCUUGGUCUACUCUUCCACUCUGAACAGACGUGAUGGAAGAGAGUAGGAGUUACCCGCUAGACUAGAGGCAGCUCCAGGUGGUACUUGGUCUACUCUUCCACUCUGAACAGACGUGAUGGAAGAGAGUAGGAGUUACCCACUAGACUAGGGGCAGCUCCAGGUGGUACUUGGUCUACUCUUCCACUCUCACCAGACGUGUUGGAAGAGAGUAGGAGUUACCCACUAGAAGCAGCUCCAAGUGGUACUUGGUCUACUCUUCCACUCUGAACAGACGUGUUGGAAGAGAGUAGGAGUUACCCGCUAGACUAGAGGCAACUCCAGGUGGUACUUGGUCUACUCUUCCACUCUCACCAGACGUGAUGGAAGAGAGUAGGAUUACCCACUAGAGGCAGCUCCAGGUGGUACUUGGUCUACUCUUCCACUCUGAACAGACGUGAUGGAAGAGAGUAGGAGUUACCCGCUAGACUAGAUCCAGCUCCAGGUGGUACUUGGUCUACUCUUCCACUCUCACCAGACGUGUUGGAAGAGAGUAGGAGUUACCCACUAGAAGCAGCUCCAAGUGGUACUUGGUCUACUCUUCCACUCUGACCAGACGUGUUGGAAGAUGUCGGAGUUACCCGCUAGACUAGAUCCAGCUCCAGGUGGUACUUGGUCUACUCUUCCACUCUCACCAGACGUGAUGGAAGAGAGUAGGAGUUACCCGCUAGACUAGAGGCAGCUCCAAGUGGUACUUGGUCUACUCUUCCACACUGACCAGACGUAAUGGAAGAGAGUAGGAGUUACCCACUAGACUUGGGGCAGCUCCACGUGGUAUUUGGUCUACUCUUCCACUCUGACCAGACGUGUGGAAGAUGUCGGAGUUACCCAGUAGACUAGAGGCAGCUCCAGGGUGGUACUUGGUCUACUCUUCCACUCUGAACAGACGUGUUGGAAGAUGUCGGAGUUACCCACAUUUUACCCCACCACACGUGGCCUCCCGAGAGGUGUGCGUGGGAGCGGGUCCUGGGGAGUGGUGGCGCAGCGGUUUACGCUAGGCUGCGCCACGAAGCACCACCGACCCGAGUACCAUGCCUGCUCACGGUCCAACGCCGGUGACGAUUAUUUGAACCGGUCCCUGGGCCUCCUCCCCUAGGCCGACUCAGCCGCAAAUGAGUGCCUGGGUGCCGCGUGUCUAAACAUCGGCCACUCAAGAGACAAAAGCGGCCGAGUGUGGUUGCUGCCCGCCUUCUUCAUUCACAAGCACGACCGAUUCCUCUGGUCCAGAGGCCUUCGCAACGUGACCAAAAGUUCGUCAAUUUCUUGCUUCGCAGGCACGACCUCGAGUGGAAGAGGGGGACCGAUCUCUCUCAGGACGGACAUGUUUGAUGUUAUUGCCCGCUUAUUUAUUCAUUCGUUCUGUCGCUCGCGCUGCCUCUGUUGCAGUGUCCCCCCCCCCACCCCCCUCCGAUGGCGUGCCGGAUUCACACGGUGUGGGACCCUAUGGGCUGGCUCUGCCUCAGCUCGAUCGUGUUCGUGUGGUCCUACAACACCUGGCUGCUGCCCAAACUCAUCAUGAUGCCGCACGUCGCUCAGGGCACGCUGCCCGCUGCGGUAGCUGCAGGCUAUUACGUUGUGGCUGCCCUGUGUAUGGCCGCGCUCGUGCGGGCAUCCACAGCUGAUCCGGGCCGUGUGCGGCAAGAGCGGGAUAUGUCAAGCGAAGAAUUUAGUGUGCAGAGCCACGUGUGCCAGAAGUGCAGCAUCGUGAAGCCGGCCCGUGCCCACCACUGCUCCCGUUGCGGCCACUGCGUGCGACGCAUGGACCACCACUGCCCAUGGAUAAACAACUGUGUUGGAGAGGGAAAUCAGUGGCUCUUCAUCCAGCUCUGCUUCUACACGCAACUGCUCAGCACGUACGCACUGGUCGUCAACUUUGCACAUUUCUACUUGCUGCCUCCCCUCGCGAGCGCCCAGCCGGACGAGUUUGUGUUCCACUAUUCGGUGGCCAUGCUGAGGGGUGCCGCAGUCAUGGGCGUGAUGAUUUUUCUUGGCAUGGCCGCCCUCUUCUACGGACAGGUCAUCAACAUCCUCACGGAUUUGACCACAAUUGAAAAAAUGAAAGAUCCCUUUUUGGAAGUCAGCGCUCAGGUGCAGCGGCCUUGGCAGGAGUCCCUGGCGGCGGUGUUCGGCACGCGAUGGAAGCUGCUGUGGCUCAUUCCCUGCCGCCGCGGGGGGGUGCAGGGAAUCUCUGCACGCCGCUACUCCUACCAAGCCGCUGUGUGAGCCUCGGCCCUGGCCAGCUGAGCCCUGCCCAGCUGAGCCCUGCUCACCCUGCCAGGCACACUGGUACAACCUCCUCGAAAGGGGGGCGCACCCAUGUUCAUGUCAUUAUAAUCAUCAUCAACACCGUCGUUGUCGUCAUCAGGCUUGAGCUUUCCACAGCUGAAUGAAUUUGUUCCCAAGGCCGUCGCCAUCGCCCACAAACUAUUUGUAGUAAUAGGUUUUUACCCUUUUAUCUGGCACCAAAACUGACACCUUUAUACAAGAACCACAGCACAAGCAGUCAAAAUGCAAACAAAAAGAGACAACUCUGAUAAUGAUAUUGGCACUGUC